CUCCGGGCAGCCACGCUUCCGGCGGGGCUGAUGGCCUUGCUGAGGGCCGUGUUCCGGGCCUCGCCGCCGGCUGGCCGCGCCAGGCCGCCCCCCGCGUCCCGCUCCACCGCCAUGGACUCCGCCCCACGCUGGCUGGCGGGGCUGCGCUUCGACAACCAAGUCCUGCGCGCGCUGCCCGUAGAGACGCCGCCGCCUGGCUCCGAGGACGCCCUCUCCGUGCCGCGGACCGUGGCCGGGGCCUGCUUCAGUCGCGCGCGACCAGCCCGGCUGCGGCAGCCGCGCGUCGUGGCGCUGUCGGGGCCCGCGCUGGCCUUGCUGGGGCUGCCUGAGCCUGACGCGAGCGUCGAGGCAGAGGCCGCGCUCUUCUUCAGCGGCAACGCGCUGCUGCCGGGCGCCGAGCCCGCCGCGCACUGCUACUGCGGCCACCAGUUCGGGCAGUUCGCCGGGCAGUUGGGCGACGGCGCGGCCAUGUACCUGGGCGAAGUGUGCACGGAGGCCGGCGAGCGCUGGGAGAUGCAGCUCAAGGGCGCCGGCCCCACGGCUUUCUCCAGACAGGCCGAUGGUCGCAAAGUCCUGAGGUCGAGCAUCCGGGAGUUCCUGUGCAGCGAGGCCAUGUUCCAUUUGGGAAUUCCCACCACUCGGGCUGGAGCCUGUGUGACAUCCGAGUCCACAGUGGUGCGAGACGUGUUCUAUGAUGGUAAUCCAAAAUACGAGAAGUGCACGGUUGUGUUGCGCAUAGCUCCCACCUUCAUAAGGUUUGGCUCCUUUGAGAUCUUUAAGCCGGCUGAUGAGUACACAGGGCGCGCGGGCCCCAGCGUGCAGCGGAAUGACAUCCGAAUCCAGCUGCUUGAUUAUGUGAUCAGCUCUUUCUACCCUGAAAUCCAGGCUGCCCACGCCUGUGACAGUGACCGAGUGCCAAGGAACGCUGCCUUCUUCCGGGAGGUCACACGACGCACAGCCCGGAUGGUGGCCGAGUGGCAGUGUGUGGGCUUCUGCCAUGGUGUUCUGAACACUGACAACAUGAGCAUCGUGGGGCUGACCAUCGACUAUGGGCCCUUUGGCUUCCUGGACAGGUACGAUCCAGACCACGUGUGCAAUGCCUCAGACAACGCUGGACGCUAUACCUACAGCAAGCAGCCUGAGGUAUGCAAGUGGAACCUGCAGAAGCUGGCUGAGGCACUGGAGCCUGAGCUGCCCCUUGCUCUGGGCGAAACUAUUGUGGCCGAGGAGUUCGACACCGAGUUCCAGAAGCACUACCUGCAGAAGAUGCGUAGGAAGUUGGGCCUUGUGCAGGGCGAGCGAGAGGAGGAUGGCGCGCUGGUAGCCAAGCUCCUGGAAACCAUGCAUCUGACUGGUGCCGACUUCACCAACACCUUCUGCUUGCUGAGCUCCUUCCCAGCUGAGCCAGAGGCACCAGGCCUGGAUGAGUUCCUGACUGCGCUGACCUCACAGUGUGCCUCCCUAGAAGAGCGGCGGCUCGCCUCUCGGCCCCAGAUGGACCCUCGCCAGCUCUCCAUGAUGCUAAUGCUGGCCCAGUCGAACCCGCAGCUCUUUGCACUUAUUGGCACCCAAGCCAAUGUCACCAAAGAGCUGGAGCGUGUGGAACAGCAGUCUCGGCUGCAGCAUCUGACCUCCGAGGAGCUGCAGAGCCGUAACAGUGCACACUGGGCUGCCUGGCUGCAGGACUACAGAGCCCGGCUAGACAAGGACAGGGAGGACGCUGGUGACACUGCUGCAUGGCAAGUGAAACACACACACGUGAUGCACAGCAGCAACCCCAAGUAUGUCCUGCGGAACUACAUCGCACAGAACGCCAUUGAGGCUGCUGAGAAUGGGGACUUCUCAGAGGUGCGACGGGUGCUGAAGCUGCUGGAGUCCCCUUACCAGCAUGAGGGUGAGCAUGCAGAAGCCCUGGAGGUUGCAGGCCCUGAAGGGGCUGCCACAGGGGCCAGCAGGCGGCCAUCCUACAGCAGCAAGCCCCCUCUCUGGGCAGCCGAGCUCUGUGUGACCUGAUCUUCGUAGCGGCCUCCAUGCCGCAGGGGUCUUCCCAGGCUGUAGCACUGCUGAGCUGCUGAGCCUGCAGCCCUGUGCUCUCCAUGACAGCAGAGACGUCCAGUCAGGCUCUGACCUGUCUCUGUCUGACGCAAGCUCAACAGUGCUGCUCUGGCCUGGCAGCCACAAGGACAAAGGCCCUGCCAAGUGCUUGUGAAUAGCAGAGAGCCAGGCCACCCCAUCCCCUUUGCCCUGGGGGACAGGCCUCUGAAUAAAGCAGCAGCUUCCUCUGCCCA